ACACAUGAAGGUGGAGCUGCAGACGGACUCACCUCAAGAGUGUCGGGCGUUGCCGGCGCGUAGCAUUGGCAGCUACCACGACGGUGAGUCGUCUUGUCGACUGUUCUACGUCGAUCCUGAGGGUACAGCCUCUGAGAAGCAAGCGGAGGGUGUCGAAGCCAGCAACCAAGACGAGGACAAUAUUGUCCGCGAGCUAGCGCUUGGCGCCAUGAUCCGAUUCCGGAAACGACUGAGCAACUCAAGAUUGACGCGGAACUCUGAAGGAGCUUUGUCCGAGACUCGCAUCACCGGAGAGUUUUCGAUCAUGUCGACUGGAGUGCUUCCUUGCACUGCGCACGAACUCACCCACGUACUGUCGCCGGAUAACACGGACCGCUGGAACGCCAGUAUGGUCGAGCUGUUUGGACACGACUACAGCUACGGCGUGAAGCUUCGCGACCACGCGGUCCAGCGCCUGCAGAAGCUUGGCUCGUUGAUAACCAAAGCCGGCGACCUCGCCCUGCGCCGACGCCUUGGCACGCAGCAACUCGUGGAUCCCCCUCGCCCUGACUCGGAGCGGGGAGAGCAGCCUGGACGUGAAAGCCUGCGCAAGUUGCGAGGAUCCACUCACCAGCCUUUUGAGAAGAAAGCGGUUCUGUCGAGUCUGUGGCAGACUCGUGUGCGGCUCAUGCAGCGUAUGCGACGCGAGGCGUUUGCGCUCGAUAGCUACGUCGACUGCCAAGAUUUAUCGUAA